CUCCUGUUCAAACACCUCCUCUGAUCGAAGCUAAAGAUUUUGUCACAGCGCUCCAUCAUGGGGAAGUUCGGCGAACUGUUCAAGAAGUCAGACAAGUCGAAAGCUGAGAACCCCUACGCUCAGCAGCCCGUCAGCCAGAGCUCGCCUCCUCCGCAAUAUAGCCAAUACAACCAGAGUCAAUUCAAUGACAACCGUCACAUCUCUCAGGGGGCCUCAUCCGGCUUGCCGGCUGGUCCCCGCCCCAGCGGUCUUCCUAGUCGAGUAGCUGCCGGCCCUCCACGCACCGACACCUGGGAGAGCAACAAACCGUCUUAUACCGCUCCGCCAGUGUAUUCUGAGCAGCGUGGGACCAGCUCCCCACCUCCCUCGUAUAAAGGAAGCCCCGCCCCUUUCUCCGGCGGAAGGAGCCCUGCUUUGAGUCCUGCUCUGUCUUCCAACACGGCAAGCCCUGCGCUCCCUUCCAACAGAACGAGCCCAUCGGUUGGCAACGCGUUUCCCAGGGAGAAGUACGGCGCCCGAGACGGCUUUGGAGGGAACAGAUUCGGGUCAUCGAGCACAUCGCCCUAUGACCGCUCCCCUGGACUCCCCUCUCAACGCCAGGGAGGCUAUGGCGGGUUGGGUACAGAGAACGGGGGAUUGUUCGACAACUACAAACCACCCAGCCAACGGUUCGCUGAUCAGAGCUCUGAUCAGGUUGGUCCGUUCUCUGGGGCCCCUGGACAGUACGGCGAUUCCCAACAGAUGACAGAGGACGAAGAGCUGGAAUGGACGAAGGCCGAGAUUGUGGGAACGAAAGUGGCAACGAACGAGGUUGCUCGUCGCAAUGUUAGCAGAUUGGCGGCCGCCAAUGAGCAGUUCGACGCUAUGAACGAGCAGUUGGUCCGAGAAUGGGAAAUGCUGAAGAACGCGGAGAAGAACAUUAACAACUCAGAUGGCCAAGCGAAAGUCGGCGGUGUGAACAUAGACGAUCUGGACGCAGCCAAUACGUCGAUGUUCAAUCUCGUAGCAAACAGCAAAGCACGGGUUAUGCAGCGCCAUGAGAAGAAAAUGGUAAUCCAGCGGCAGCAAAAGCUUAUGGAGCAGGACAUCAGCAUGGGAGCGGACGAGAUCGGUCGGGAAUGGGAAAUGGAACGGCAAAAGCUCCAAGCUACCAAGCCCAAAGUCCUCGGUGGUUCUGCCCAGAAGACCGAUGCCAGUAGGUUCCAAUUUGAAGACGACACUGGCGAGCAACAAGCGUUGGACGACGAGUACGAUGGACUCGUUGGGGAAAUCGAGAAAGAGUCGGGGAAGCUGUUAGAACGGGCACAGUUCCAAGAGUUCAUGCUUACCAGACAGAAUAAGUUGAUUGAAGAUAUGACGGUCAGGGCCGAAACCGUUAGUGAUCAUGUCGUGAAGAAUCAGAUGCGUCUCGAUACCAGAUACAACAGGCGCUGAAAUAUUCUGGUAUCGAUUACCACUCUCGGAAGGCUUAUUGGGCAGUGUGGUUUCUAGGUUGGAAACGGGUGGUUUGUGGGCGUGCUCUUGCCGCGGUUUGUUACUUUGAUCAUUCCAAGUUGUUAAGAAGCCUUCUAAUUGCAGACAACACAAGGUCUUAAGGCUGUGUGCCUAUGGUUUCAUUUCUUCCCAAAAGAAUCGACUCUGAGGUAGCAGUGUAACAACGGGACCAUAUUUUCAACUGAUUCACAAAACUCAACAAAGG